AUGGUCGAAGAACAAGAAAAGCCUUCACCCCAAGGCUCAACACCCUCCACACACUCGCACACCUCAGACAGCGACUCGAUCCACGAAACCCGCUCAAUUCGGCAAAACGACCAAGCCAAUCGCCUCCAACUCGUCCGCAGUUAUGCAUCAGGCUACUCGGGCUACGUCCCAGAAACAGAAUACGCAGACAUAACACUCAAACACACGGCCACCGGUGCAACCCUAGGAUCAGUAGCCACAAACGACCCAAACUUUGAAGUCGACUGGACAAACGACGAUCCUGAAAACCCGAGGAAUUGGAGUAUGGCUUAUAAAGCUUUUGUCGUGUUUGCCAUGAGUUACUCCACGACGGUUACUGUGCUUUUCUCGACAAGCUAUACUGUGACGGUGAGGAAAUUAGAGUCGGUCUUUGACGUGGACCACCUCACCGCCCUCCUUGGCCUGACAAUCUACCUCAUCGGCAUGGCAGCCGGCUCCACCGUGCUCGCCCCUCUCUCGGAAAUGUACGGCAGAAGACCAGUGUACAUUUUCUCCACCGCCGUCUUUGUUAUCCUAAUUUUGCCUUGCGCCUUGGCGCAGAACAUCGAGAGUAUUUUGGUACCGAGAUUCUUUGCUGCAUUUGCGGCGGCGAGUUUGGUCAGCAAUGCUCCUGGCAGUAUCAAUGACAUUGUGGUGGAAGAGUAUAGGGCAUUGGCGUUUAGUAUUUGGAGUAUUGGGCCUUUGAAUGGGCCAGUUGUUGGACCUAUCAUUGGAGGGUUUACUUUUCAGUAUUUGGGUUGGCGAUGGACUAAUUGGCUGGUUAUGAUUUUGGCUGGUGUGGCAUUUGCUUUUGUGGCCAUUGUCAAGGAGACGUAUGGGCCGGCGCUCUUGAGGAAGAGAGCGGCAAAGAUGAGAAAAGAGACGGGAGAUGAGAGGUGGUGGAGUAGAUUUGAUGACAAGAAGGCCUUCUUCCCUUUGCUCAAGGUAAAUUUGAGUAGACCGUUUGUCUUGAUGGUUACGGAACCCAUCUGCAUCUUCUGGGACGUCUACGUCGCCAUCGUCUACGGCACACUCUACCUCUCAUUCGUCGCCUACCCCAUAGUAUUCCAACAAGAACGCGGCUGGUCCCCGGGCCUCGGCGGCCUCGCCUUUUGCGGCAUCGGCAUCGGAAACCUCUGCACAAUCCUGCUCGAACCCGCCUGCCGCCGCCUCAUAAACUCGCACAAACCCGACCCCUCGACAGGAGAAAUCCCCCCGGAAGCAAUGGUCUCUGUAAUCUGCAUCGCAGCGGUAAGUCUAGCAAGCGGAGAACUCUGGUUCGCUUGGACUUGCACACCAGAUGUCCAUUGGAUUGUCCCCAUUCUCGCCGGUAUCCCUUUCGGUGCAGGCAAUGCCGGGGUUUUUAUUUAUAGCAAUAAUUACCUCGUGCAUUCGUACUCUGUGUAUGCGGCUUCUGCACUUGCUGGAAAUGCGGUGUUGCGCAGUAUCAUGGGUGCUGUGUUGCCUCUAGCCGGUCCGGCCAUGUAUUCCGCUCUUGGCUCCAAUUGGGCUGGCUGUACACUUGGCCUUGUCGAAAUGGCUUGUGUACCCAUCCCUGUGGUGUUUUAUCUCUAUGGCAAGAAGAUUAGGAGUAAAAGCGCGUUGAUCAAGAGUAUGCAAGAGGACAAGAGACGGGCGGAUGAGAAGAAGGAAAAGUUUCAGAGGAGAAAGGAGAGAGAGGCUAUCAAGAGAGGGGAUGCGGAAGCUAGUAUUGGAGCAAUGGCAAAGACUGGCGCUGAAGUUGCGGAAGGUAGAGACAUGGAGAAGGGGAUUUAG